CUUCGACAAGGAAUGCCGGUAAACUCUCGCAAAAUGGUUAUCAAUCCAAACUACUGCAGCCAAGCCGACGGUGUCACAUCCAAAGAAAUUCGCUACAUAGCUCAGGAGAAGAUCAGCUUCAUCCAGAUCCUUGGUGAGGGGGCGUUCGGACGUGUGUACCUGGGUACAGUAGACUACUUAACACGUGAAGAGCCCACCACUAUGGUAGCUGUAAAAACUUUGAAAGAUAUCGACCACGAUGAAGCUUGGCAUAACUUCACCAGAGAAGUUCAGCUUUUAGCCAACCUAAGCCACGAUAACAUAGUUCGUUUCUAUGGUGUAUCAAUAGACAGUGAUCCUCCAAUGAUGGUGUUUGAGUACAUGGAACUUGGGGAUUUGAACAACUUCUUGAGGAAUAGAAGUCCCGAUCUAGUGGUGUAUGAUUCCAAUGGAAAACCCUUCGAGAUUUUGUCUUGUUCACAACUCCUUAAUAUUUCUGUUCAAGUGGCGUGUGGAAUGGAAUAUCUAGCAUCUCAACAUUUUGUUCACAGGGACUUAGCAACCAGAAAUUGCCUUGUUGGAGGCCCUCUGGUGGUAAAGAUAGGAGACUUUGGCAUGUCACGUGAUGUGUACAGUACUGAUUACUACAGAGUUGGCAAAAACACGAUGUUGCCAAUCCGUUGGAUGCCUCCAGAAAGUAUUCUACACCGUAAAUUCACAGCUGAAUCAGACGUCUGGAGUUUUGGAGUACUCCUGUGGGAAGUAUUCACUUACGGACGACAGCCUUGGUAUGAGUCAUCAAACAUUGAGGUUAUUCAGCACGUGACCUGCGGACGUCGACUUGUUAAACCUGAUGCCUGUCCUCAAGAUAUUUACCAUCUUAUGCAGGGAUGUUGGGCUCAUGAACCGGAAAAUCGAACCUUGAUGAAAACAAUUUACAAACAUCUUUCUGUUAUGAUGAGAAAUGAGCCUGAAUACUUGGAAGUUAUCGAGUAAACGUUACUUUUCCCACACUUAAACAAACUGGUAGGCAUGAUUUCUGCAUGUGCUUUUCAAGUGCAGUUUAUAUAUAUAUACACGCAAGAUAUAAGGAUCAAGAAGAAAAUGUCAACAUUCUGAACAAGAUACGCGGUAUUAGUGAGGUAUUUACAAAAAAGUAAAGACUGGGAUACGACAACAAACUAGUUCGUUUCUGUGUGGGAAACGUCGGAAUUAUCACAGAUUAAACGAUUGCUUUUGCAAGAUCACUGAACAACAGUUGAUAACAUAAGUUGCACCAAGUAGUAUCUUACUGAAAAAAUAGAAGAAAUUGGAUUUUUCGACACCAGUUUCGUGUCAAAAGGGGUCAAGAUAAAUAAAAUGGAGGACCACUACAUUUGUCUUGAGAUGGUGUUGUUAUGUAUAAAAACGAUUAGUAUAGAAAGCUGUUUUAGCAU